UGAGCGCUUGGAUGUUGCUUUCAUCGCAAUUACAGUAGUCGAGAAUUUUACUCCUGGAGGUGGCAGCCUGUAUUCUAUGGUGGAGGAAAGGAUAAUGCUCAAGCCGCUACCCAACCCCUCUUCCAAUUUAUCUUUGAAGUCACGUUCACGUAUACCAAGCAAAGGUGCGAAGGACCAUUUAAGCCUUUUACCUUCACAGGCCAUUUUGUAUAGUAUUGCAGGCCUGCCUCGAGUACAUCUUAGUCUGUUUCUUAAAGGGUCCAUACCCAGAAAUAGUUGCAAGAAUUUUCAUCCACUCUAAUCUUAUCUUGGAAGAUGGAGGACACAACAUGGGAGCAGAGACUACAAGCUCUUACUCACAUCCUUACCAGCCCUAUAACAACGCCAGAUCUAUAUUCUCAAUUCUUCAUCUCCAACCAUGUUCCUUGCUACCUCAAUUGGGACUAUCCGCCUAUCCUCUGCACCAAAGACACCAGAUCUUUCCCUUCUCUACAUCUGAGAUGGGGAUUCUCUCUUUUCCUCAAAAGGGUCUCCAGACUAGGGUUUCCUGAGACUUCUUGGCGGUCAAAAUGCCCUUAUCAACAGCCUCCACCUCUGGUUCUUGCAAAGGGAGUAGAGGAAGCACAGUGGAGUGCUGAGUUUAAAAGAGAGUAUGUUAGGAAGAGAUUGAGAAGGAAAACACUUGCCAAUAAUAUUCACCCUCUUAUUCCUAUUUUAGUUCCCAAUCUCUUUCUGUUCUCACUUCUGCUUUGGAACCCAUUUCCCGAUCUUGAUUCUUGAGUUGAGAAUGACAUCAAUUGUAUUAUUGUUUUUGUAAUUAAAUAUAUUUUAAUAAUGAAUGUGGCAUUUUUGUCA